AUGAGCGUACCAACGGAUCCUGCGGUAAUGCAGACGCAUACUCAAAGACUGGCAUUGGAAAGGACGACCACAGGCACGAGCGCCGGUUCUGGUAAGAGUACCGGUAUGGGAUUUAGAGCGGGAGUGGGCUUGGAGCAUGUAGCGCGCAGGACGCUGGGGAUGGUGUUAUUGGGGGUUACGGUGAUCUUGUGGACGAGCAGUAAUUUUCUUGCUAGUUACAUCUUCGCCGAUAACACCUACUCGAAACCUUAUUUCGUUACAUAUAUCAACACGUCGUUCUUUGCUGUAUCGUUGAUCCCUAUUCUUUUGCGAACAUCGAGGCAACAUGGGUGGUCGUAUGUGAAGGAUACUCUGGUGGAUUACUAUCAUGAACAAAUUUCAGACUACAGCUCUCAACUCAAGAAUCUCCGCAAAGGAUGGCGUACCCGCGAAUCCAGUCGAGAAGAUCAAGAAUACGAUUCUUUGAGUGCUUCUCACUCCCGUCUCCUAGCUUCUGCCGACGACCUUGAUAGGAAUCUUGCCCAACCACAAGAGCAAGAAAAGGAAGACAAACUAAGUGUAUCCGAAACCGCCAAACUCUCCCUCGAGUUCUCUCUCCUCUGGUUUAUAGCCAAUUACCUCGUAGCCGGCUGCCUCGAAUAUACAUCUGUCGCUUCAUCCACAAUCCUCACCUCCACCUCCUCCAUCUUCACGCUUCUCUUCGGCGCCCUUAUCCGGGUCGAAUCAUUCAGCAUCCGCAAACUCCUCGGUGUCCUCGCCUCUUUCGUAGGCAUCAUCCUUAUCUCCUCGGUCGAUCUAGGUAGUACGGACAACGACUCGAAUCGCGGAAACUUUCCACACAAAUCGCAAGCCCAGAUUGCUAUUGGCGAUAUCAUGGCCUUUGGAAGCGCGGUCAUGUAUGGGCUUUACGCAGUCGUGAUGAAGAAACGCUGUGGCAAUGAAGAUCGUGUCGAUAUGCCCCUGUUCUUUGGACUGGUUGGUCUCUUCAAUGUGAUGUUUCUCUGGCCCGGUUUCUUCAUUUUGCAUUUCUCCGGCGUGGAAAAGUUCGAGUUGCCUCCCACAGGCAAAAUCUGGCUCAUCGUAUUAUUAAAUUCUCUGAGUAGUUUCAUAAGCGAUUAUUGCUGGGCGUAUGCCAUGCUCUUGACAACGCCGUUGGUGGUCACGGUAGGAUUGAGCAUGACGAUUCCGUUGAGUUUGGUGGGGCAGAUGUGGUUGAAUGAGCAGACGAGUACUGGGGUUUAUUGGGUGGGUGCGUUGGUUGUGGUGGGCAGUUUUGUAUUUGUUAAUCAUGAGAGUAAGGAGGAGGAGAAGCAGCAGCAGGUGGGGGAAGAAAGAAUAGUAAUACCUAUUGUUGUUGUGGUGGAUCAUGAUGAGAUGGGGGAUGAAGCGGUUUAG